UAUUUGUUCUUUUCGGACUUCUCGUCUCCGUUGCUUUUUUCUGUGCCGAGGUGGCGGCCCUGGGCCCUUGCCAGGAUGAUCCGUGCCUCCUCAGAGCGUGUAGUGGGCAGGAAUGGCACCCUGCGGACGACGCUGUCGUGUGUGUCCUUGGCUUCCAGCGGCCUUUUCACCGAGACCUUGAUGUCCCGCCGCAGCUGUCGCUCUGCGUCGUUGUCGCCAACUCCAAAGUCCAAAGGGCACGGCAGAUGCUCCUCCCCAAGACGCUUCGCGUCGCGUCACGUGCCCACAGCCGCCGAAGAGCUGGCGGCGCACAGCCAGGUGCUGGAGCCGACGGUGAUCAAGCGUUUUGAUGGCCUGAUGAAGCACUUGAAGCGCAACACCGACAAGCAGGACUUCGAGAAGCAGGUACUUGCUUCUCCAUGCGAUGUCCUGGUGCCGGAAGAGUAUGACGAAGUGCUGCGAGGGGAGUUCGCUCGGCACUGUAGCUUUGGGGAGCGGCUGAACACGGAGCUGAUGCAUUCUGGCAAGUGGGUGAAGAUGCUGAAGGAGCUGGGCCUGGUCCCAGGUAAGAACUCCAAAGGAGCAACGAGAGCAGAGGUUGUUGUGGAGGAGCGCAAUCAUGCGUGCCCUCUCUCCCAUGUCAACGCAAGGCUGGCUGAGAAGUUGAUCAACCAGAUCAAGGCACCUGCGACGGUGCCCAGGUGCCCAGGACCUUGCCUUGCUCUGGCUGACGCAGACAUCAUCUUCCAGCGUGUGCUUCAUGACACGGACUACGGCGGCAAGCGCUUGACCUACGACUUUUUCUGCAAGGCACUUUGCCUGGUGGCAGUCAGCAUCUAUCCGGACCUUGAUUGGGAGGCAGCUAUGGGGGAGCUGCUGAACCGCAUUGCUGCCGAGGCAGAGGAGGCCCAAGCAGCAAGCGACGAGCCAGGGGAUUUUUCCCUGGAUCCGAAUGUUUUGCUUGUCCUGGAUCAUUUCAAGCCAAAGUUGCAUGACCUUUUCCGCUCCUUUGCACGGCGCUCGCUGCCGGGACCAACGGAUGCCAGGGCUGGCACGGGCACCACUCGGCUCAAGGAGAGAUCCAUUUGGAAGCACACGCAGGACACGAUCUUCGCUUCCAGGGCCUCCUCAUGUAUUCUAGGCACGCGAGAUGACAUCGAUCCGAGUGCUCCUGAGGAGGAAGCGCUGAGCCCUACAGGCAGCUCGGCGGCAGCCCUGCCGGCCGUCCAGGAGUGCGACACCGAGGCCCACGAGGGAGCCAAGAGUGAGGAGCCGGCGCUGCCGAGCCAGGUGGCAUCCCCCAAGCGCCGAGCGCCAGCGCUGCCCUCCGCGGCCGUGGACAGCCGGGGAGGCGUAGCCAGUCCCCGGGCUGGCCCAGCUCAGUCAGGCCAGUCGUUGCUGGCUUGGGCGGAGAACAAGGGCUGGUGCAGCCCCGUCAGUCCGGACAGCAAGCGAUCCACCAUGAGUAGCCGCGGCAAGUGGAGCCCAGUGGCAAACGAUCCUUAUACCUACGCCUGUGGCAGUCCGACAAUCAAGAACCGCAGGAGCUACAUGUCCUUGGAGCAGCUCUUCGCGCUUUGCAAGGAGCUCAAGAUCAUGCCGGACUUCGUCAGCCGCCAAGCGGUGGUGCGAAUCUUCAAGCGAGCGCAGUGUGCAGGUUCUGCCAGCGCUCAUGGCGGCAGCAACUUUGGUUUCCUUUCGCAGGAGGCCUUCGUGGAUGCCAUGGGACGCAUCGCCAUCCAGGCCUACUCCGAGGCGCCGUACUGCGACGAGUACCCCGAGCCUCACGAAAAGAUUAUUGCCUUCCUGUGCGACAGACUUCCCGGAAUCAGGACCAUGCGAGACCGCUUUCUCUACGGCUGCAGUGGUCGAGGCCCUCCAGUGCAGCCCGGCUACAUCAGUCGGUGAGGUUCCGGUGGCACGUGAAGGGCUCAUUUGGAUCUUUCGCGUCUUUGUGCAGCGCGUCGGCUCUCACUCAGGCUUGGGUGCA